CACACACACACACACAAGAGCUUUGUAACCCAUGUGGAACUUAUUAAGUGGUGUUUAUCUGGUGCGCCAUUUUUGCACAGUGAGAUAGAUUUCUUAUGUAAUAAAAAAUAAAAAAUAAAAAAAAAAUGUCUCAGAAUUUGGAGAACUGCCAUGUGGGUGUUGAAAAUAAGUUGGGUGUGGUUCGACCUGCUACAGAAGAUUAUGCUGAGGAGGCCAUUGAAGCUCUUAAAGCUCAGAAGGUUAUUGCAGUACCUACUGAUACACUCUAUGGAUUCGCCUGUGAUGCUUGUUCUAGGGAAGCAGUUAAUAGGAUAUAUGAGAUUAAAGGACGUAUACAUACAAGCCCUUUGGCAAUAUGUGUUGGGGAUGUAUCUGAUAUAAAGCGCUUCGCGGUCACGGACAAUUUGCCACAUGGCUUGCUUGAUUCUCUACUUCCAGGGCCUGUUACUGUUGUCCUAACGCGAGGAGAAUCAAGUAUUCUUGAGAAGUCAUUGAACCCAGGAUUGGAUAGUAUAGGAGUCCGAGUGCCUGACUGUAACUUUAUCAGGGUUAUUGCUCGUGGUUCAGGAAGUGCACUGGCCCUUACAAGUGCAAAUCUGAGUGGGCAGCCAAGUAGUGUCUGCAUCAAAGAUUUUGAGAAUCUAUGGCAACACUGUGACUUUGUUUACGAUGGGGGCGAGCUUCCAUCUGGUCGAGCAGGCUCAACAGUUGUGGAUCUCACCAGGCUAGGAAAGUACAAGAUUCUUAGACCUGGAAGUGCUAAGGAAGAGACUGUUUCAAUUCUUGAAAGACAUUCUCUACUAGAAGAAAUAACUGCUACUUGAGGAAGUGAUGAAACAAUAUUCUGGUCACUUAUGUUAUUGAUACUAAAUGUUUUAUUACAGAGGUAGGAAAGGUUCUGAUUGGGUGUGGGUGAAACUGUCCUGUCUAUGUCAUUGUAAAUUAUUCAACCACUAGAGUUGUAUUCUUGAAUUAGAUAUGUAAAUUGUUAAUUAUGGUAACGAUAUUCAUCCAUAAAGGGGUGUAUAUAUAUUCAUUGCCAUGGAAGCAUUGGACAUGUAGUAGAAAUAAAUUGUGUACAUCUGGUGAAUCUGAAAUCA